CCCAACUCUACCUCUCCCGUCCACAUCAUCUCCCUCAUUCCUGCCCUACCUCUCACGCACGUGCACGCGCUCACAAGCGCGCAGGGACUGCAGCAGCGGGAGAUAAGCGAUCCUUCUCACAUCCGCGUGCGUGAUGUGAGAGACCCUCCGUGUGAAGUGGACAGGGAUACCCUUCUGGACCCUUCUGGAAUUUGAGCGCUCCUCUAGAGCUCCUUUAAAGGGGAGGGAGGGGGGAAGGUUUCUUUUUCCUAACACUUCCAAACGCUGUGGAUGUGCAACACCUUGACACACGCGCUCUCCCAGGGCUUGCGUGAGCGUGUGCGUCUGCGCGUGAGCCACUCCAGCCGAGCCAAGCCAAGGAGCACCUCCUUCAUCAUCUGCUGCAAAGCCGGUUGGAAAGCGCAUGGCUGGGCUCGUCGCGCCUCCCCAGAGUGAUCCGCUACAGCAAACGGCAAUGUCCCAGCGCCACGCGAGGCUCACGCUGCUCCUCUCAGGGAGUGAUGGUCAGUAAGGAGGCAGGCCGCUGUGCCCUGUCGAACUCUGAGUCGGACUCGGAGUGUGCAGGUCCGACCCUGGGAGAAGACGGUGGCGGGCGUGGGGACACAGUACGCAAGCGGAACAAGGCCUUGCAGGUCCGCUUCAAGGACAUCUGUGAGGCCCAGAAUGAGGCAGCUCGUCUAGCCCGAGGCACCAGGGGGCGCUCCGUCUCGUGCAAGGUUGUGCACAGGAGGUACAUGACCAUGCCGGCGCGCCGAUCCAUCCCCAAUGUAACCAAGAGCACUGCGGUGCAAACCUCACCGGACCUGAAGAAGCGCUAUCAGACCUUCCCCUUUGAGCGUAAGAAGGGGCACACUAUCAAACACACGGCUCUGGUGGAGAACUACCAGGGCCAGAACAAUGGGUUCUUGAGCGAUGUAAAAGGUACGGAAGAGGAAAGGCCUUGCGGGGGCAGGGUACAAAAGACUCGGGUACUUUUGCACAGUAUGCCUCCAUGCAGUGAUGUGCAAGACUUGUGUCCUGGGUCUGAUUGCCCAGAUAGUGAUCUCUGCCCUGAUCCCUCGUGUCGAGGUAGGGAUGCAACCACAAACUCUGACCAGAUAGAUUCAAGGAAAGAGGUCAGUUCCCAAGGAUCGAAGCACAAUGAAGGUGAGGUGGGGGCAGGACAAGAGCGCAACUGCGCCAAGAGCUCCUCCUCCACUUCCUCGACACAACCUCUGCAGGACAGGGGUGGUACUUCGAAGGUCACUGGCCCCAUUGCAUGGACGUCUUUGACGCAAGUGGAAUGUCUGGAAAGUCCCUCUGUGCGGUGCAAGCGCAAGAAAGAGACUGCGCAGUUCAACGGUCUGCAGUCACAGACCAUCCCACAUGCGGCCAGUUGUUCAUCCCAGGAGGCCACCCAGGCUCACUACCACGGCAGCCAUGCCUUUGGUAGCACAGCUACCCGGGAAGACGUGGCAGGGCAAGGGUAUGGGCAGGUGAUUCCACUUCCUGGGGCAGAAGGGGACGUGAAAGCAAGGCUGCAGGCCAUGGAGACUCUAAUCAGCUCCAGCCAGGAGACCAUCAAAGUGCUGCUAGGGGUCAUUCAGGAGCUUGAGAAAGGAGAGGCGCAGCGGGAAGGACUGUCGUACCGGACCGGGCAGGAUACAGCCAACUGUGACACAUGCCGGAACAGUGCCUGCAUCAUCUACAGCGUGGAGCUGGACUUUAAGUUGCAAGAGGAUAAACUCCAGCCGCUGAUGAAAAGACUGUGUCCAACAGUGGACCUGCCCUACCCGUCUCUGCCUUACUCACACGAAGUGAUCACGUCCACUCCCAAACGCAAGUCCAAGAGCGAGGCCAAGAAGCACGCACGCUGGAAACUGUGGUUUCUCUGAUGGAUGGACUUUCUGAACGGUUUUCUUGGAUCCGGCAUCCAUGCGCCAUCAGGCUAUAAGAACAUUCAGAGCCCAAUCUGUCCAAUUCCACACUGACAAAUGGAUGUGACGGAAAAGCCACAAUCCACUGAUCUGUGAUUGUAGCACCGUGGGCUGCUGUCAGCGAUUGGAUUUUAACGAGGAAUAACAUUUGUUUUCAUUCUGUAAUCUUUGAUAAACCCUGAGGAACUGCUGAGAAUUCACCUGCUAUCAUUGUUUACCAAAAAGGAUGUAUGGUUAAUUAGCAAGGGGCCCGAAAAGCGGAACAGAAACUUCAAAGCUAAAAGCUAGCUCACCACAAUGCCAAUUUGGAAGCGCACCAUCAGAGGCAUCUAAUCAGCAAAGCACAAACUUUGGGAAAUAUAAA